GAAAAAUCCCAACUGAUUCCUAGAAAAAUAGGAUUCCCUAAUAAAUAUUCAGAGAAACAGGUCUCAUGUCAAAAUAUCACGAGAAAUUGAAAAUACAAACUACAAAGAACUUAAUCCCGCCAAAUCUCAAGUUCCAACCCUACCUUUCCCCUUCUACAGGUACAAAUAGGAAUCCCACCUCCAUUUCCCUCUUACACUGUCCAAAUCGAUCCUAUCUAACCAACAACGAACCAUCUCUCUCUCUCUCUUUCUUCCACCUGUGCAUUUAGCUUUCUUGCUCUCUUCUUCCAUUUGUAUUCUCCUUUCCCUCCUCUCUCUUGAACGUGUAUAGUAGGUUCCAUGAGAGCUUAGUGAGGCAGAAGAAGAGAUGGGGAAGUACAUGAGGAAAGCUAAGAUCACAGGGGAAGUUGCAGUGAUGGAAGUCUCGCAGGCUUCCUUUGGGGUUCGAACCAGAGCCAGAACCCUAGCUUUGCAGAGGCUCCAGAAGACGAUGCCGACAUCGUCCACAUCGAACUCUGGGUCGUCCUAUUUACAGCUCCGAAGCCGAAGGCUUGAGAAGCCUCCCCUACUUGUGGCUGGUGGCAAUGAUUCCAAGAAGCAGCAGAGCGCAUCCAAAGAGAGCUGCAAGGGAAACCCUAGCCAAAACCAUAAUGGUCGAACGAUUUCGAGGUUGGGUUCUGUGAAUUCUGGGUCUAUUGGGUCUGUCUCGUUGAGUUGUUCGAAGAAGGACGAGGGCUUGUCGGCAGAAGAAGUGACCAAAUUGGAGUACGAGGAGGACGAGGGAGCGCCGGAGAACAACAACGAUGUGGGUAUUGAAGCUUCAUUUGGCGAGAAUGUUUUGGAGAUCGAAGGAAGAGAAAGGAACAACAGGGAAACCACGCCUUGUAGUUUGAUAAGGGACUCUGACACCAUCGGGACGCCUGGUUCUACUACCAGGCCUAUCAAUUCAACUGUGACCAAUCGGAGAUCACAAAACGCAGCGGAAAGAAACAUCCCAACAACGAUUGAGAUGGAGGAGUUCUUUGCUGGUGCAGAGCAACUACAACAGAGACUUUUCACUGAGAAGUACAACUUUGAUCCUGUUAACGAUAUGCCCCUCCCUGGACGUUAUGAAUGGGUGAAAGUGGAGCCAUAGGUGGUGCCUGAUGUUCCAUUAGGGUUUCUUGUCCUGUAACUUCUUGAUUGAUCUCGUGCCAAGGAGAGGAUUUUGAAGAGGGUGGCAGGGGUGACGGUGGUGGUAGUUUUAAGGGUUGCGGUUCCAAUCCAUUUUUCACCACUCUAUUCUCUGUUGUAAAAAAAAAGAAAAAUGAUUCAAAACAAAGAAAACAAGAGCUGUCAAAGAUGUGUGUAGUCUAAUGGUCUGUACCAUAGCAGAGCUGAUGAGUUAUACCUCAGUCAAAUAUAAAUCCAAAGUCCUUUGUCUAACAGAUCAUUUGAGAAGGGGAAGAGAAAGAAAGGUAGAAUUAGGUUCAAUCAGAUAGGUUUGCGCAAAGGGGGUCAUAAUAGGGAAUCACCAGAAUUUGUUUCUUUUUUCUUUAUUGCCCUGUUUUUUCUUUUUAUUUUCUCCUUUUGUCUAUACUGGUACUGAUGGAACUCAAGGACUCAGAGAAAUAAAUAUGGCCCAUUUUCCCCUCUUGA